GGUCUGUGCACAGCACAGCGUGUGUCUUCAGUUCCCUUCAGCUCAUCCAGCGCAGCUUCCACAGCAGUAUCGAGGAAUUACGCAGGACAUGUGGAGACUGUCCAGCGCGCCGGGACUCACCUGAACCCGAGAAAAACCAUCCGUGACAACUGACGGAUAAUUGGAGGGGCUUUGCAGCGGGUCUCUGUGCACCCGGGCUGGGAUGCUUGUCGGAGGUUCUGCGCGCUGCGGAUUCAGAUGAUGCCUGAUUACUCUGAGUUGAUUUCCCCUUUUGGUGGCUCUGUGAUGAGACGCUGCUGUGCUGCACCGAGCUGAUCAGAUGAUUUUCCGCUCUGUUCGCAGCAGCUCAAGGUAUGCAGAUACAACUGAAAGCCCCCUGUGUGCGCGCCCUGCGCUAUUAAAGGCUCUGCAGCUGCUGCUACUAUCGGAAUGCAAGUACCAAGCUUCUCCUGAGGUAGGACCGUCUCUGUAGGUCUGUUCCAGCCACCCAGCAGCUAUGGAUCCCCUCCCAGAGUACUCUAUGUUUCUGGUCCGGAUCCUGGAGGAGCUGGACACUAAGCACAACACCAUGUCCUACCAGGACCUGUGUAAGUCCCUGUGUGCUCGCUUCGACCUGGUGCACCUGGCCAAGCUCCGCAGCCUGCUCUUCUACACGGCCUGCCUGGACCCUGCCUUCCCGGCCACCCUCUUUAAGGACAAGAUGCGCUGCUCUAUGGAGGACCCACAGUCCAAGAAGCUCAUGGUGGCAGCAGACAUUGUCACCAUGUUUAACUUGAUCCAGAUGAACGGAGGCAUAGCCAAAGACAAGCUCCCUAUAGUGCACAGAGCCAAGUUCCACAAGAACCAGUCAGUGGAGCUGUGCAGGUCUGACAAUGACGCCUAUAAGUUUCAGGACUGUGAUAUGGGAGUUAGUUAUGAGCACAUGGAUCAUCCCAGGGAUGGACACCAUCACCACCAUCACCACCACCGCCCCCAGCAGCAUCCUGUGCCUCAGAAUGCCCCUCCCUGUCCUAAACCAUCCGAGUGCAACAACUGCCAGCAGUUUAUUCCCGCCUCCGUCCCCAACUUUCUUUUGGGUGUCAACAAGGACCUGAAAUGUAGAGCAGCCUCUCUGGACAAACUCCACCAUUUGCCCCAGUACUCCAGUGGCAGUCCGCCCUCUCCACCCUGCGAAAUGCAGAGCACCUACUUUCCUAUGGACAUCGACAGCGAGUCCACGACCGACCAAGAGUCCCUGAGGCACAUUGGCCAUGCAGAGCCGUUCACUGUUCACCCCUGCAUCCAGAAGAGGAACAUCUUUAAGGAGGACUUCCACAAUUUCGUGGCCUUCUCACCACAGGUCAUCACCACUGAGUCCAAACAGGGCAAGAAGGCUUACCACAGGAGGGAGCUGCACAAGCCUGCCACCUUCUUCAACCACAGCUUUGAACUGCCCUACAGUAACCCCUAUUUUGAGCCCCCACUCAACUCCCCUCUCCAGGACAGAAGGAGGGUGAAGCACGAGAGCCUGGAUGACUUACAAGCAUCCACAUACUUCGGGCCAACCACGAUCUCUGAGACCGUCAGCAGGAAGCACAGUAACAAACCAGGGAAGCAGCCAUCGUGGCCGGUGAAGAGCCUCAGUCUUAACACGGAAGAGGGGCCGCCGGACUUUGAGAGGUCAUUCCUGAACAGCAAACCACUCAAAGAAAACCAUCAUCACAAUAUCAGCAUCAGCAUCAGCACCGACAGUGAGCAGCAUUUUCAGAGCCCAAAAGAAAAGGUUAUAGCUUCUCCAUCUGGCUUUGCAAAGAAAACUAACGGAAUAAAAACAAAGGAUGUGGCACUGAUGGCAAGUGGGCCUGCAGGUUUGGACAAAAGAGAAGUAGCCAAAAGGUUUAGAGACAAAAAUAUGAACAGUCCAUCCUUUCAGGGAGGCGACAGUUCCUCGAGUGUUGGGACUCAAACAGAACAGGCUGAGCAGAAGAAAGUGAAGGAGUACAAUGCCAAGUACAAUGACAGAGAAAGACACACCUUCAAACACUCUGAUGAGGACUCUGAGAUCAUUAGUGAUGACAUUAGUGACAUUUUUCGCUUUCUGGACGAUAUGAGUGUGUGUGACUCUCUGGGUGUUGUCCAACCAUCAUGCUACAACAGUAAUGGGUCUCUCUCUCAGAUAACACUAAAGUCGGAAGGCGACAGCUCACCUGAGCGCAACACGGUCAAACUAGCCAAGUCCAAGCUGGACCGUCUUUUCCAUUCACUUGAAAACACCGACGACGAGCUCAAAUCGAGCGUGUGCAAGCUGGUGAUGAGGAUUGGUGAGAUCGAGAAGAAGCUGGAGUCUCUGUCAGGCGUUCGCAGUGAAAUCUCCCAGGUGCUUUCCAAACUCAACAAGUUGGACGAGAAGAUCCAGGAGCCCGAGCCCAAUGGAAGACACGGGGAGACGGCGUCUGCAUCCGGGUCCAAUGCCACCCCUGACAAGCCGCAACCCCACCCUCAUCCACAUCCCGACAGCACCCUCUCACCUCGUGUUUUCCAGUGCCACACUACAGGCCACAAUGUCAAAAUGGACAACGGCUCCUCUGGGGAGUGGUGCUGCUCAGAUGGGAGUAACAGUGACAGCCUCAGGGUAAAAGCUCUGAAGAAGAGCAUGUUCACCAGGAGGUCAUCCCGCUCGCUCAAUGAGGAGAACAGUGCUACUGAGUCAAAGGUCUCCAGCAUUACCAACUCUCCACGGGACUGGAGGACAGUGUCCUACUCGUGUCACCAUGGAGAUGAGGGCAAGGACAAAGACAGAGAUAGAGACAGCAAGGACAGACACCGAAAAGCCAAAGAGGCAGAGCGAGAGCGUCAGUACGAGCUCCCCCAGGCCCAUCGCCCCCCUAAACCGCCGAAGGAGUCCUACCUGGUCGAACAGGUCUUCUCGCCACACCCCUUCACCCCCACCGUUAAGGCCCAUGUGAAAGGCAGUCCACUGUACACCGACCUGAGACUCACCAGCCUGUCUGAUGGCAAGCGAGGUCAGCCGUCCUGGACCAUCGAGGAGUACAAACGCAACUCAGGAGAGAAGGGAGGAAAGCAGCUCACAGCUCUGGACCUGCAGACCCAGGACUCUCUAAACCCCAACAACCUGGAGUACUGGAUGGAGGACAUCUACACACCAGGCUAUGACUCACUGCUCAAGAGGAAAGAGGCAGAGUUCAGGAGGGCUAAGGUGUGUAAGAUCGGGGCGCUGAUCGCAGCAGCUACCUGCACUGUGAUCCUGGUCAUCGUUGUGCCAAUUUGCACCAUGAAAACAUGAGAGUACCUGGACGGAGGACUGUCAGUCUUUUGUUUUUAUCGCAGUAAUUACUUCUGGUGGUCUUUCUCGCCUAUAUACAACGAUUAAGACAGCUCCUGUACAAUAGAAACAAAUUCAGCAAGAGCAUAAUAUAUACUGUAUAUCUAUUGGUUUAACAGUUGUACUUCAUUGUAUUGUUCUAAACUGUGCAGGACAGUUGGAAGCUCGUCGGUUUAGUUGUCUGUCUUAUACAGCUACAGCAGAUGAUCACAGAACUGAAUUGGAUAAAUUGAUUAUUGUAGCCAGCGAAUAUUUUUAUUUUUCGUAUAAUUAUUGUACAGUGUAUUUUGAUCAAAGUUAUUUUUUAUGAAUUAUCUGGUUGAAUGUGAGAAUUUAUCUUUAUUUUGUUAUCUUUCUCCAAUAACAGCGAGUGUUUUAAGUAA